GUUCUGUACAACAAAGUCGCUGGCCUUGGCCAGACCUGUAAAACCUAUUCAAUCGCCUCGUACUGUGCUGGACAUGAUGAGCGAGGUCAAUGAAAAAGCCGUUGCCACUGGCGAAGACUCCAAAAAUGCGCCGAUCAAUCCGACCUCGGCCACCGAUUUGCCAGAGAGUGCAAUUGAGAAGGCACUGGUCAGGAAGGUGGAUAUGCACAUUAUUCCUCUGAUUAUACUUCUAUAUCUCUUCAGCUUCCUGGAUCGUGUUAAUAUCGGCAAUGCUAGGCUCUAUGGCAUGGAAGAGGAACUCAACCUAAAAGGUAACCAGUAUCAGAUAGCCGUCUCAAUCCUCUUCGUCACCUACUGCGGACUCGAAGUACUCUCCAACCUACUUCUCAAGAAGUUCCAGCCGGGGCGAUAUAUAUCAGUCAUAACUAUAACAUGGGGCGUUAUUGCGACAUUAUCAGGUCUCGUCCAUAGCUUUGGCUCCUUGGUCGCCUGCCGCGUACUCCUUGGUGUCUUCGAAGCGGGGCUUUUCCCCGGCCUAAUCACAUACCUCACGCUCUUCUAUAGCCGCAGGCAGCUUGCUGUUCGCAUUGGCUACCUCUUCACGUCUGCUGCCGUGGCUGGUGCGUGUGGUGGACUCAUUGCCUAUGGGAUCAGCUUCAUGGAUGGGGCUGCGGGGCUGAGUGGCUGGCGGUGGAUUUUCAUCCUGGAGGGCAUCCCAUCCGUUCUGGUUGGAAUAGUCUGCAUCUUUUUCCUCCCCAACGAUGUGGAGACGGCCUAUUUUCUGACUGAAGACGAGCGCAAGCUGAUGGUUAACGUCCGAUUCCGCGAGGUUGGACAAACGGUAUCGAGCCAGAAGUUUCACUGGGCGGAUGUUAAGGAAGGGGCAAAGGACUUCCAGCUAUGGGCUUUCUCUAUCGCUCAGUUUGGUGAGGAUGUGAUGCUUUACGGCUUCAGCACGUUUGUACCUACAAUCAUCAAAGGGAUCGGCCACUGGACUGUCGCAGAGUCGCAAGCUCUGACCGUUCCGGUUUAUGCGCUCGGAGCCAUCACAUAUCUACUCGUUGCGUGGAUAAGUGACAGGACGCAACAGAGAGGUCUGUAUACCUGCGUCUUUGCUGUGGUGUCCAUGGUGGGCUAUGGAAUGCUUCUAUCACACGCCAGCUCCGGCGUGAGCUAUGCUGGGUGCUUCCUCGUUGCCAUGGGCCUGUACGUCUCUGUUGGACUGCCGCUAGCGUGGCUUCCAGGGAAUCUCCCUCGAUACGGGAAGCGCACACUUGCCAGUGGAUUGCAACUUAUGUUUGGAAACAUUGCAGGCAUUGCGACGCCUUUCAUGUAUCCAACUGGCGACGGACCGAACUACAUCCUGGGGCAUGCGACGAGUUUGUCUAUGGUGGGAAUGGCGGCGUUGAUAUACCUUGGAAUGAUGUUUUACUAUGCCAAAGUCAACAAGGAUAGGGCGAUGGGGAAGGAGGAUUGGAAAAUAGAAGGGAGAAACGACGCGGAGAUAGAAGAUAUGGGUGAUAGAAGCCCACGAUAUGUUUAUGCGACCUGAACGAUAUUUACUUGAAUUAUAGGAGGCGAUCAUGUUGUCUAUUUGGUUUUUCUCAUCUACAAGCACAGCAUAUAUACCAAUUUAGAUUAAAAACAAUAUUUAG